AUGUCAAUUUCAUCAAAAUCAUUACCAACAUUUAAACAAAUAUAUAGAUCAAUAUCAAAAGAAUUAUUAAUAUAUGAAAAUAAAACAAUUGAAUUAAAUUCUAAAAAUGAAAAUAAAAAAUUAAUAACAUAUUAUAAUUAUUUAAAACAAAAUGCAAUAAAAAAUGGUAAAACAAAUGAAGUUAACGAGCUAAAUGAAAAAUUAAAGAAUCUAUCAUCUCAAACAACUCAUAAAAACAAAGAAUUAAAAGAUUUAAAUUUAUUAAAUAAUAUUAUAGAUGAUAAAAUUGGUAUAAAUAAUUCUUAUGAAUUAAAUAAUUUAAAUAAUGUAUUAAUAUAUUUAAAAAAUCAAAGAGAAUAUUUUGAAUUGUUGAUAAGAUAUAAUCCUGGUUUAAUUUUUGAUCAACAAGAAAAUGUUCAAAAAUCUGCUAAUAGAGUUGGAUUAGAUGUACCUCAAUAA